CUUGAGACUGAGCGUGCCAGUAACAGUUUGAUUAGCAAAUGAGGUCUCACUGAGUGAUUUGAUGAAGGGUGCAGAAGUGACCCAUGGGACAAGAUUUGUAUUGGUUUCGGAAACAUGAUCCCAGCUGUGAAAAAAAGAAGCACAGAGAUAGACAUGACAAAGCAAAAAUGGCACAAACACAGUGACUCAGAGCAGCUCGGUGAGCCACCUCAACCUGUGCCUGGACCUUCCUGGGCUCCUGGCCUGGCUGAGGCCUUGAGGCACCAGCAGCUCCUGGUGCUCCAGUGCACAUGCAGACCCCAGGCUGCUAUUCCUCCUGGAGUGGCCAUUCCUUCCAGGAUGGCUGUUCCUCCUGGAGUGGUCAUUCCUCCUACUUCACAUUUGGUGCUGGCUCCAGGACCACCCAGCUGUCUCCCAGACACGUAGCCAAGGUAGAGACCUGGGCUUUAGUUUAAGCCCUUGACAAAACCUCAUAAGUAAGGUGCUUCUGAAAAACCCAGCCUUGUAAACCCUGCCUCUCUGGUGGUCUGACUGGGAAACCUAGAUUUCCAGCUCUGACACUUGUCAGAAUUUUUGUUAUUCAGCUGAGUGCACGUGGACCAAGAACAGUUUAUGAGGCACCUCUUACCGUAUUUGCAGAGACAGCGGAAUGUCCCCAGAGAGAGAGCAAAAGCAUAAAAAAGGGGAAGCCGUGGUGCAAUGGAUCAGUCGGUCGCUCGUUGGUCCUGGGGACGCAGCUGGGAUGAUGGCCACUUGCCUGCUCCUCUCCAGCCUCUGGGCCCUCACCUCAGCAGGCUCUGUGCAGGUGAUGCACAAAAAGGUGCAGUCGGUCCAGGCAGGCGGAAAUAUUACUUUCUCAUGCCAGUCAGUCACGAACGAAGACAUAAUACAAGUGACCUGGCAGAAGGAAAUGGAUGGGGCUGAAGACAACAUAGCAACUUACAGUACAAUGAAUGGCCAAAAGAUAGCAAAGAGCUACUAUGGCCAUGUGAGCUUUGCCCACAGCGACCUGCAAGCCUCAGCCAUCUCCCUUCACCGAGUCACCCUGCAAGAUGAAGGAUGCUACAAGUGCAUCUUCAACACCUUUCCCUCGGGAGCUGUCACUGGCAGGAUGUGCCUCAAGGUUUACGCCAUCUCAGACCCCAAAGUGGAAGCCAAGCUUAUACCCAGUCCUGACAAAGGUGAAGUCUCUGAGGUAGUGGUGGGGAUGAGCUGCUCAGCAACAGGGAAGCCAGCUCCAAAAAUCACCUGGCACCUUCCCAGCACCCUACUGCAGAAACCAAAGGAGUACCACAUCCACCUCAGCAACCAGACCAUCACUGUCAUCAGCAACUUCACCCAUGCCCACUCCAAAAUCCUCAAGGACUACCCCAUUGCCUGUGUGAUCCAGCACCCGUCUCUAAAUGUGACCCUGUCCCUGCCCAUGGACAGUCUGACACAAGGUCAGGACAGUAUCAUGGCACCAACCAUGGCCAUUGUUGUGGGGGUGCUGGUCUCUCUGAUGUUCCUUCUCCUCUUCGUGUUGCUCCUUUGCUGCUGCCUGAGACACCUUCAUGAUCCAGAGAGAAACCCAGCCUGGCCUUGCUGGGUCCUUGCUGUAUGUGCCAAGGAGAGAGCAUGUGGACAGUACAUGUUUACUGGCAAGCAGGCUACAGCUGCAGUGCCCAACACGUGAGCUCCUGCAUGCCCUACACGUGGACAUCUUGGACUGUCAUGUAGACCUGCUGUGACAUCACACCAAAGGAAAUAGAGGGGGGAAAAAAGAACAUUUUAUAAUACAUAUUUAUUUUCUUAGAUAAUUUCAUUCCGUUUUGUAGAAGAAAAGCUGUGAAUUAUUUAUUUAAGACUCUAAGACUGUUGGCUGUGUGGGUCUGUAAUGCAACUUGUGGUUGGCAUUUUCUAUGCUGUAUUUAUUCUUUUCCCAUAUUUCAACAUCCCAGGCUCCAAGCAGAUUGAGGGUUUUCUGAGGCAGUGUGGUAUUUUGUGGAGCAGUGAUUUAGGAGAUUCUGCUUCGGGUAGAGGGAAGCAGCAAGUGUGUGGAAUUUCUGACAUUACUGAGAGCUGCCAGGAACCUUCUCCCCAGCGGGCAUGGGAGAUGGAGCAUGUCUGCAGCUGGAUCAGACUUGUAACCCUGGCGGCAGACUCCAAGCCAUCAGACACCAGGAAGUUACCACCCUUUCCUAGAAAGUUAUUUAAAGGCAAAGAGAAGUUUCCUUCUCCUUCAAUGGUUUCCACAGCCAAUUUUUCAUUUAAUCUAACACAGUUGCCUCCUGUUUCCACAUAAUCACACCUGCCUGGGGGGAAGAGGUGAAGAGGUGGGGGAAUUUAAGGAGUGUUUGGAAGAGUAUUGGGCAGAGCAGCCCUCCCUUUACUCCUGUCCUCCUGGCUCCAUGCAGCAAGUGUAUGCUAUCUGGUUUUCCCUUGCACAUCUAAUUCAUGUGUACUUCCCGGAUGAAGCAGGUUGUGUGGAGGCCGAAAAGCUGAGUCAAGUGAAAUGAAAGAGAGUGGGUGAGCUGAGAAUGAAUAAACCCACUUCUUGUCAUAAAAAGCUUUUAUAGAAUCCCUAAUGCUUAGUAAUAGUGAUCUGAUGAUUGCAAGGAAAGGGGAACCAGCUACAUACCAGCAACUCUUGCAAUUGGGAAUUUUUCUCUUGAGCCCCGUAACUGUCAAAGAAGGAAACCUGAUUUUUUCCAAACUUCCCCACAACUGCAAUUUAAGUUUCCUCCACACCUGUAUGGGAAGGGGCAAGGGAGUGAAGCAGACCUUCCAAUGGAGUAUUUUGUAUCCAAUGGGUUGCAUGCAAAGGAACACUGCUCCAGGGUUCUUGGGCUGUGUCAUGUCAGAUCUCUCUGCUCAAUAGGGUCCACACUUGGCCUUCGGGUGUUUGGUUGUUUUUUUCUAAGAAUUGUUAAGGUUGUUUUUAAGAGAAGAUACUACAAAUAUUUGGACUACUGGGCUUUUCUUUCUUUCUUUCUUUCUUUCUUUCUUUCUUUCUUUCUUUCUUUCUUUCUUUCUUUCUUUCUUUCUU